AAAGCGCCGCCUGUAGUUGCGACGCCAUUUGCCACUGCCGAACGUGGGCGCAGCCUGCUUUCGGAAGCACCAGUGACCAACCUCUUCCAAGCACGCUUCUCGGCCUCCCGCAUAGUCUUCAUCCCGCGCGUUUCUCAGCGUCGUCCCCCGGAGUCACUGCCGUUGCCGACGCCACCCCGAGCACGGUCCCGCACGCCGCCAGCCCGUCUUUGCCGCCAUGCCCAAGAAUAAAGGAAAAGGAGGUAAAAACAGACGUAGAGGAAAGAAUGAGAAUGAAUCUGAAAAGCGAGAGCUGGUGUUCAAAGAGGAUGGGCAAGAAUAUGCGCAGGUAAUCAAAAUGUUGGGAAAUGGACGAUUAGAAGCAAUGUGUUUCGACGGUGUGAAGAGACUAUGCCACAUCAGAGGGAAAUUGAGAAAAAAGGUUUGGAUAAAUACCUCAGACAUCAUAUUGGUGGGCCUCCGAGAUUACCAGGAUAACAAAGCCGAUGUCAUUUUAAAAUACAACGCAGAUGAAGCUAGAAGUCUCAAGGCAUAUGGCGAGCUUCCAGAGCAUGCUAAAAUCAAUGAAACUGAUACAUUUGGUCCUGGAGAUGAUGAUGAAAUUCAGUUUGAUGACAUUGGGGAUGAUGAUGAAGACAUCGAUGAUAUCUAAAAUGAACUCAACAUUUUACAUUCCAGUCCUUCUGAAGAUUGCCCUACAAGUUUGGAAUCUGGUCAUAGACUUCAAGGAAAAGUUUUCACUGUAUUAAUUGUAAUUUGUUGAGACAGACUCGACUCAAUACUAAGGCCGCUUUUUUCAAAGCUGAAAAUAUCUUAAGUGAUAUGUUAAGCCCACUUUGUUCAUUUGAUGUAAUUGAACUCAAAAAAGAUCAUGUAAGAAAAAAUAUACAUUACUGCCUUUCCUGCUUUGACCCCUUCCAGUAAGUAAAUGGGUGUCUUGAAUAAACAAUUUGCCUUGUAUGCAUAAAUUAUGAUUAAGCCCUCCUUUUGCAUAGCUGUUGACUGUACAAAAUAUAGUCUUUGUGUAUAUUCCAGUUGCCCAGAGAUUUUGAUACAAAUGGAGGCAGAAAUCUGUUUUAUGUUUUGUUGUGUUAUAUUUUGAGACAGAAUCCAACUUUGUAUCUGAGGCUAGCUUGGAAUUCACUAUAGUCCUAGUGAACCCAUACUCGCUAUGAUCCUCCUUUCUCAGCCUCCUGGGUGCUGAGAUUAAAUGUAUUUACCACACCAGGCAGAAAUCUAUUUAAAGGCAAAAGUGAUAGGUUUGCUUUUCAUAUUUAAAAGUAUGUAUGUGGCUAUUUUUAUACUAGUUUUGAUAACAUGUACGUUCUUAUGAUUUAUUUUUCAGUCAUCAACUUACUGGGGGAGGAAAGGCAUUUCCAAAAUGUUUUUAGAAACUGGUUUUUAAUAUUUUAAAUUAAGGUUGGUAGUUGCAGAAAUUAAACACUAGGUGGUGCUCAGUUGUCUUAACAUUGGUAAUAACUUUUAAUUAAUUAAGAUGGUUUCUUUUCUCAACUAGUGUGAUUAGGAAAUUCCCAAAUGAGGAAAAGAUUGUUUUACUCAUGUGCAUAGAAUAUUUUUACCAAAAUACUGUGUGGGGAUGUUGCUUUUUCAGGAGUCUUACUCGCCCAAGCUACAUUUCUGAGGGCUUUAUAAAUACAUAAAAUAGGCAAGUGAAAUUUUCAGCUCAUAAGAAUAUGAAUAUUGUGGAACAAAGUAAAAAUUAAUGUUUUUUAAGGUUUCCCUAAAUUGAGGGGAAAAUGAGGGAAGCAAACUUUAACCUGAUACAAUGGCAUGACCUAUAACCCUGCACUUGUGAGGUCUAGGCAGGAGAAUCAGUUCAAAAACAAACGUAGUGAAAAGAUGUUUUCUUAUUUCUGAGAAAAUAGCAUGCUGCAGAGGACAAGUUUAUAUGUAGACAGUCCAGGGGGUUCCCAUUUUCUUUCUACUGGGAAUUUAGGCUUGCUCUUAUUUAGGAGUUAUUAUUGCAGUUAGAGCUGGGCUAGUCAGAACUCACUGUACGCACUGAAAGCUUGCAAGUUUAUAAACCAAGAUCCAUCGUGCAGCUUGUGGACCUUGUAUUCUAGUAGCAUCCAGAAAACUACAUUAAUAAAAAGUAAUACACAAAGGAAUGUAUAUUACAUGGUUUCAAAAACCAAGAUCUUGGCCGGGCGGUGGUGGCGCACGCCUUUAAUCCCAGCACUUGGGAGGCAGAGGCAGGCGGAUCUCUGUGAGUUCGAGACCAGCCUGGUCUACAAGAGCUAGUUCCAGGACAGGCUCCAAAACCACAGAGAAACCCUGUCUCGAAAAACAAACAAACAAAAAAAAACCAAGAUCUUUUCUGUGAUCCCUUUCUUAACUAUGACUUCAUCUCAGGUUUUCCUACUCAGCUUCAAAAUGUGAGGUUCCAUAAAUAACAACAGUAGGAAAGAUGAAGUGAUGUGGGAUGUGGUCUGUAUGUCUGUAUUUCUUAAUCUGAGGAGUUCUUAGUGCAUAUCUAUCUAGGCAGAGUGUAUCUGAGAACAAGGGCUGAAACUAACCUUGAGAUACUUGCUAAUCAUCGUCUUCAUCAGUAAUUAGACCUCUAGACCUUAAAAGUGUUUCACCAGCUGGAUGUAGCAUCCACCUGUGAUCCCAGCACAGGAGAAUUUGUUAAUAUUGGCCAGGGCUACAUAAGACUCUGUCUCAAAAACAACAAUGAAAAACCAUUUUUACUAAAUUUGCAGUGUAUAUAGUUAAGCAUUUUAUGGGCAGUGUUUUAAGUCUACAUAGGUGAUACAGCUCAAAUCAAAAGUUGAUUUUCUUCUUCCUGUAACAAACAGGAUUUGAAAUGUUUUUUAGAAAUUACAUAUGACCCCAUUUCCUGUACCUUCUGGUGGUUUUAUCUAUUUUCUUGCCUAAAUAGUAGCAACAUUAACUAAUGAGUGUUCUUGUGUCCAGGAUGAUCUGGAGUCAUACUGGUUUAAAGUAGUUGAAUACAGUUGUCACUAAUACGCAAAUGCUACCUGGAAGAGUUCUUUGAUAUGUAUUUGGUAUGGAAAUUAAUACAUUUAACUGAUCCAAUUUUAUUUCAAAUAAGGAAAAGGAAGUGGUCUUCAAGGAAAUUUUGUUUUUUAUUUUUACUUUGAUUUCUAUAGUACAACUCUAUUAUAAGCAGUGCCCAUAAAGAAAAAUAAAAUGUUUAAAAUCUAAGAAUAAUGCUAUUUUGUUUUGUGGAGGGGAGGUUUUUUUUUUUUUUUUUUUUUUGCUGUUGUUGGUUUUUUUGUUUUUUUGUUUUAGUUUUUCAAGACAGGGUUUCUCUGUAGCUUUGGAGCCUGUCCUGGAACUCACUCUGUAGACCAGGCUGGCCUCAAACUCACAGAGAUCACCUACCUCUGCCUACCGAGUGCUGGGAUGAAAGGCAUACGCUGGCACCACCCAACUGGUUUUGGUUCUUUGAGACAGGCUCUCAUAUAGCCCAUGCUGGCCUUGAAAUACCAACAGCUGAGGCUGACCUCAAACUUGUGGUCCUCUACCUUUACCUCCCAAAUGGUGGGGUGACAGGUGUGUACAAGCACACCCAACUAAAAUAGUAUGUCUUCCUGCUAAGAUGACGUCACAGGUUAAUGCUAAUUAAUUUGAUAAUCUCACACCAAGCUCUUGGUCUGAUCCUCAUCACCCCAUGAAUGAAUCCAGAACCCAGUUGAUGGGGUUGUGGUUUUCCUGUAAUUUUUUUCCAGAUAGGGCAUGAACAUGGUGUGUUGCUACAGUGGCUGAGUAACCACACCAAGCAUCCCUGUAAAAAGACUUGCCGAGAUUUAUUUGUUUGCCUUGUCUGUUGAAUCUUUCUUACCAUCUUAACUUAUAAGGGAACUGCUUUUAGGAGACUACAAAGUAUUCAUGACAGGAAUUAUAUAUUUUAUUUGGAAAAUAGCCAUUGGUUUACUCAUCCCAUUUAUGGAAUCAUAGCCAUAAGUUGUCACUUAAAAAUUUCAUGACUUGUAAUGUUACUUAAUCUCAAUUGUCUUAGUAAACUUUAUAUAACUGUUGAACAACAUCUUCAAUAAGUAGAAGUAGUGUUGGCUGCAGAGUAACUGAGUAAAUCAAAUAUGUUAUAGCAUGUUUUAAAUAGAUUUCUACUCAAUUUGUAUUCUGUACAGAUUUAAUGAUGUCCACUAUAAACUGUGGCUUACAGGAAAAGAUCAGAAUGAAGACAGUUCUGUAUGUUACCCUGCCUUUCAUAAAGAUUAAAAAGAUUUGUAUCAGUGUAUGAUAUUCAUCCUGCUUAGUGGGGAUAAGUUUCAUUUAUAUACUAAUAGGACCCCCGCAGACUCUUACACAGUCCCUAUUAAUGUGCGCAGUUUUCCUUAAACCAUCAUUUUCCAUCCUUGUUCAGAAAAGAAUAAAAUUUGAAUUAAGUUGUA